AUGACGCGCUGCCGCUCGUCGUCGAAGCGUCUCUUACGGCCGUCGCAGGUACCCGAACCGGUCGCUGCCGCCGCCGUCUUGUGUUCACUGCUUCUUCUUCUUGUGCACGUCCCGUCAACCAGGUCCUUCAGCAUUUCAUGGUUGUUCGAUGAUAGCACGUACAGGGGAAUCCUGUAUCCCAAGUACGACGAUGACUACACAUCGACGAUUUACGAAGCGGACGAGUACAACGACGUGCAGUUAGACGAGUUCCGAGUGUACUGGAACGUGCCCACGUUCCAGUGUCACAAGUAUGGGUACAAAUUUGACGAAGUGGCCGAAUGGGGCAUACAACAGAAUGUCGACGACAACUUCCGAGGUGACAAGAUCAGUUUGCUCUACGAUCCGGGACUUUUUCCAGCCCUGAUGCAAGGCGGUAGUUCACGGAGCGAUCACGUCAUCAGGAACGGCGGUGUACCUCACGAGGGUAACCUCACCAAGCACCUGGAAUUAUUCACCAGAGACCUAGUCACCAAGCUAGUGCCGGACCCAAGUUUCUCGGGGUUAGCUAUUAUUGAUUUUGAACAUUGGCGUCCUAUGUAUGAAGAAAAUUUUGGAUCAUUAUCACCAUAUAAAGAAUAUUCCUUGGAAAUUGAGAAAUAUAAUCAUCCGUAUUGGCAAAAAGAAGAUCUCCAAAAAGAGGCUUCGAGAAAAUUUGAAAAAGCAGCAAUACAGUUCCUAAAACGAACUCUACAAGUUGCAAAGUCAUUAAGGCCAAAUGCAUAUUGGGGAUACUAUGGAUAUCCAUUUUGUUUCAACUAUACACCAAAGAACGACCAAGCAAAAUGUUCAUCAAAUGUGAUGAAAAAUAAUGAAAAAUCAAAAUGGUUAUUCGAAGAAAGUACAGCUAUUUUUCCGUCCUUAUAUUUUAAAUACGAAAAUAUGAGUUCAGAAAAGAGAUCUAGAUUUAUGCAAGGUAGAAUGGCGGAAGCAAUACGUGUGGGAAACAUGGGUAAUACGAAAAAAAUUGUUUAUCCAUACACAUGGAUUAAAUACUAUGACACAAAACAAUUUGUAGAUAAGGUUGAUCUGAUGAAUUCGUUUUCAAUUCCGAAGAAAAACGACGCGUCUGGCGUGAUCAUUUGGGGAGCGUCAAACGACGUAAACAGCGAAAGGAAAUGCAAAGCGAUGCACAACUAUUUGACCGGAGUUCUCGGGCCCACGCUUAAAGCGUUUUACAAGAGCAACAGGAAAGCGAUGAAGAGAAAAAGAAGAGCGAAAGUUGACAGUAUAUUCGAUUACUUCAUCUAA